GGUCGCUGCGCGCGUGUACUUUUCCAGCUGGGGCCUUGCAGGCCUUCGGGGCCGCACGUUUGACUUUUGCCCGCUGGCAUCGGAGCUCGUGGCGGCCACGCAGCCCCCUGAUUCGCCCUCACCAUGUUGGUUCUGUUUGAAACAUCUGUGGGCUACGCCAUCUUUAAGGUUCUAAAUGAGAAGAAACUUCAAGAAGUUGAUAGUUUAUGGAAAGAAUUUGAAACACCAGAGAAAGCAAAUAAAAUAGUAAAGCUAAAACAUUUUGAGAAAUUUCAGGAUACAGCAGAAGCACUAGCAGCAUUCACAGCUCUGAUGGAGGGCAAAAUCAAUAAGCAGCUGAAAAAAGUUUUGAAGAAAAUUGUAAAAGAAGCCCAUGAACCUUUGGCUGUAGCUGAUGCUAAACUAGGAGGAGUCAUUAAGGAAAAGUUGAAUCUCAGUUGUAUCCAUAGUCCCGUGGUUAAUGAGCUUAUGCGAGGAAUCCGCUCCCAGCUGGAUGGACUAAUCCCUGGGGUCGAACCACGGGAAAUGGCAGCUAUGUGUCUUGGACUGGCUCACAGCCUUUCUAGAUACAGAUUGAAAUUCAGUGCUGAUAAGGUGGAUACAAUGAUUGUUCAAGCAAUUUCUUUGUUAGAUGACUUGGAUAAAGAACUCAACAAUUACAUUAUGCGAUGUCGGGAAUGGUAUGGCUGGCAUUUUCCUGAAUUAGGAAAAAUUAUUUCAGAUAAUUUGACAUACUGCAAAUGUUUGCAAAAAGUUGGGGAUCGGAAGAACUAUGCUUCUGCCUCACUUGCCGAGUUACUGCCCGAAGAGGUUGAGGCUGAAGUGAAAGCAGCUGCUGAGAUAUCGAUGGGAACGGAGGUUUCAGAAGAGGACAUUUGCAACAUUUUGCACCUCUGUACCCAGGUGAUUGAAAUCUCAGAAUAUAGAACCCAGCUCUAUGAAUACCUACAGAAUCGGAUGAUGGCCAUUGCACCCAAUGUUACCGUCAUGGUCGGGGAAUUAGUUGGAGCACGACUUAUUGCUCAUGCAGGUUCCCUUUUGAAUUUGGCUAAGCAUGCAGCUUCUACAGUUCAGAUUCUCGGGGCAGAAAAAGCACUCUUCAGGGCUCUCAAGUCUAGGCGGGAUACCCCUAAGUAUGGUCUCAUUUACCAUGCAUCACUGGUAGGCCAGACUAGUCCCAAGCAUAAAGGCAAGAUUUCUCGUAUGCUGGCAGCAAAGACAGUCUUGGCGAUCCGUUACGAUGCGUUCGGGGAGGACUCCAGCUCGGCCAUGGGAGUGGAGAACAGAGCCAAAUUGGAGGCCAGGUUGAGGUCCCUGGAAGACAGAGGGAUAAGAAAAAUCAGUGGAACAGGAAAAGCACUAGCAAAAGCAGAAAAAUAUGAACAUAAAAGUGAAGUAAAGACAUAUGAUCCUUCUGGAGACUCCACACUGCCAACCUGUUCUAAAAAACGUAAGAUAGAAGAGGUAGAUUUAGACGAUGAAAUUACAGAAAAGAAAGCUAAAAAAGCCAAGAUUAAAGUCAAAGUUGAAGAGGAAGAAGAACAAGUGGUCGUUAUGGAAGAAGAGGAAACCUCUGUGAAGAAGAAAAAGAAAAAGGAUAAAAAGAAGCACAUUAAAGAAGAACUGGCGUCUGAGGAAGAGCCAUGCAGCCCCACAGCAAUUUCUAGUCCAGAGAAAAAGAAGAAAAAGAAAAAAAAGAGAGAGAAUGAAGACUAAUGGAAGAGAACUCUUACUAAUUAAACACUUGGAUAUAGCGUGUUCAAGACUCAAGUCAGGGAUACAGGUGCCGCUACAGUGCUGAGGGAGGCGGAAUGAGUGGUUUAUCAUCGGUAGCAUUUCAGUCUUAUAACAUCUUACGUCUUCACAUCAACUCCUACUCUCAUACCAUCAUUUCUUAAUCAUUUUUGAUAUAAAAAUAAAAAUAUUUUCUUCGUA